AUGUUGGUGAUGAGUUCUAACUUUGCACCGGCGCCAAACGAAAAUCAAACUGGCGGUGGAGUUAUUCCCGCCGGAACGCAAAAUCAAAUCCAAGGAGAAGUAGGUCCCAAUCAGCCUAUGACUCAUGGCAACACGGCCACAGUAACACAUACUCAAACCACAGUAGGCGGCAGCAGUUUGCCCAUACCCGGGCUCCAUGGCGUGCCAAGCCAAGAUCCAGUGGUGACUAAGGGAGUUUCUGGUGUAAUGAAUGGUGCUCCGGCGACUGUUGGUGUCCAGGAAAGCAUAAGGAGCAUGAUGGCGCAAAAGGGGGCUCUGCCCGUACCUAAUCUUGUCACGCCACCAGUAAAUGUUACCCGAGCACCAAGCGGGCCUCCUUUGGUGCCGACAACAAAUCUGCAAGUACAACCCGGUAUAGCGGCGCCGUACGGUGGACUUUACGGGCCUCAAUUCAAUAUCCCAUCACCAACUGGCUUGUCUAUAGGCGCUGAUGGCCAGUAUCGUCAAAUGUCCUCACCAAUGAUGAAUUCGCAGCACCAGAAUGGCCAAGACGCCCCUAGCUCAAUCUUCGGGUUUAUCCCAGCACUGGCAGAGAUCUCUGCGCCUUUCGGCUCUUUGUUAAAAGGAGAUGCUAAGUUCGAGUGGAACCAAGAGCACCAAAAGGCCUUUGAGAGAAUCAAGGCGGCCUUGACCUCGUCUCAGACCAUGAUAGCCCCGCAGCCCGGGGUGCCUCUAAUGUUGUACCUAACUUCAACCCCCAAGUCCAUAGGGGCAUUAUUGGUCCAAGAUGUAGAUGGAGUAGAACGCCCGGUGUAUUACAUCAGUCGGAAGAUUCGAGGGGCAGAAGUCCGAUAUACUCCAGUAGAGAGACAUUGUUUAGCUUUGGUAUUCACUGCCCAAAAGCUCAGACAUUACUUCCUAGCACAUCAGAUUCAGAUUGUUACUAGAAGUGAUCCAAUCCGAUACCUCCUCAGCAAGCCUGCUCUAACCGGGAAGGUAGCAAGAUGUGUAGCCCCCAAGGCGAUCAAAAGCCAAGCCUUAGCUGAUCUCCUUGCCCAAUUUCCGAGUGGUGACUAUGAACCAGUGAAUGAAGAAUUAAGAGGAGAGGUGCACGCAGCUAUGGCUUCCGAGGAAAGCUUCUGGACAUUGAGCUUUGACGGAGCAGCAGCCGGAGGGAAGGGAGGAACCGGGAUAGUCCUUACAAGCAAAAGUGGGGAAAAGUUAUAUUUGUCUUAUAAACUGGAUUUUCAUUGUUCGAAUAACGAAGCCGAGUAUGAGACUCUUAUUUUAGGCUUGAUAGCAGCUGAGAAGCACAGUAUCAAGAAGAUUCGGAUUCGGGGGGACUCAAAGUUGAUAGUGAAGCAAGUUUCAGGACAGUUCGUCUUAAAGGAGCCUGCCUUGGCCACAUAUCGAACAACAGUCCGAAGGCUUCUUGACAAAUUUCAGAAGGUUGAAAUAGAGCAUGUGCCUCGUUCCGAUAACAAGUUUUCAGAUGCCCUCGCUACAUUAGGGGCAGGAGUUGAUAUCCCAGAGGAGGAGGCGACAAUUAUUAUCAAGAAGAGAACAGAGCCUUCGAUAAUACCUGAAGACAAAGGCCUUCUGGAGGGCUGGAGAGGAGAAGUCCUCGAACAACUCAGAAGCAAAGUUGGAAAAUUGACUAUGGCUAAGCUUGCCCAAUUCAUAAUUAUUCAAGGUGAACUUUACUUCCGAGAAGGUACCGGAUUCCUAGCUCGGUGUGUUGGCCAACAAGAAGCAAGUUUCCGACUACAACAGAUUCAUGAAAAAUCCUGCGGGGAUGGGGAUAUCAGUCUGUACAAAAAGAUCCAAAGACAUGGCUAUGAUGGUAUAUGA